GAAGCCGAGCCUCUCCAUCACGCGCCCAGCCUCCCUCAGCGCUGCGCUCAGGCGCGGGAGUCUUUCAGAGGGGGCGGGACCUGUUUCGCUGCAGAGGGAUGCUCUGCAGCCCCACGCUGGACCAACCAGUCUGGAAAUCCCUGCUCACAGCUCUCCGACGCUCCGUCCUUUGCAGCUCUGACUCACUCAGCUCUCCUUUUCCCGUCCGCGCCACGCUGAACCGCACAACCUGGGGAUAUGUCCUCCAACCUGCCCCCCGGGACCGCCGCCGGGGCCAAGAACAAGCCCCUCUCCCCCUUCAGGAAGCGGGGCAGCCUGCAGUACACAGCCAGCACAGUUGAUCUCCGUGGUGGCCGCCACCUCCUCACUUCCCAGCAUUCCUUGCCUGGGAUCCCUGUGGCCUUGAAACAAUCCAUUGACCUGCGUACAUCCAUGGACGGGAAGUACAAAGAGAUUGCUGAGGAGCUGUUCUCCCGCACCCUGGCAGAGAGUGAGAUGCGCAGCGCCCCCUAUGAAUUUCCCGAGGACAGCCCUAUUGAACAGCUGGAGGAGAGACGUCAUCGACUUGAGCGACAGAUCAGCCAGGAUGUCAAGUUUGAACCCGACAUCCUCCUGCGAGCCAAACAGGAGUUCAUGAAGACAGACAGUGCCACAGAUCUCGAAUACAUGAAGGAACAGAGCCAAGUCCCUGACCUGCAAGAGAGAGAACCGGUUCCAGAGAGAGAGUACCAACGAGUCAGUAUUUCUGGAGAGGAGAAAUGUGGGGUCCCCUUCACAGAUCUGUUGGAUGCUGCCAAAUGUGUGGUGAAGGCUCUGUUCAUUAGACAGAAGUACAUGGGACUGUCGCUGCAGAGCUUCUGCAGGACCACCGCUCGUUACCUGCAGGAGCUGAGUGAGAGACCUCUUCUGGACUUAGAUAUCUAUGAGGAAGAGUUCCUAGAGACCACAGUCACUGCAGAUGCCACAGUGCACCCACCUGUUUCUGAAACGCACCCCUAUGAGAACCAGGACCCUGCCAGCAUGCCCCCUGACAUGGGUUACGGCUGCAAGAUGGUGGAUGGUGUCAUGCAUGUGUACACGACGAGAAACAUUAUGGAAAAAAGCACAGAGCUGGACCUGCCGUAUCCAGACCUGCAGGAGUACAUCGCUGAUAUGAACGUCAUGAUGGCUCUCAUUAUCAACGGACCCGUAAAGUCCUUCUGCUACCGUCGUCUGCAGUAUCUUAGCUCCAAGUUCCAGAUGCACAUCUUGUUGAAUGAGAUGAAAGAGCUGGCAGCACAGAAGAAAGUCCCACAUCGAGACUUCUACAAUAUCCGUAAGGUGGACACACACAUUCACGCUUCGUCCUGUAUGAACCAGAAGCACCUUCUGCGUUUUAUCAAAAGGGCCAUGAAGAAGUAUCCUAAGGAGAUUGUGCAUGUGGAAAGAGGCAAGGGUCAGACGCUCAUGGAGGUGUUUGAGAGCAUGAAUCUGACAGCCUUUGACCUGAGUGUGGACACCCUGGACAUGCACGCAGACCGCAACACUUUUCAUCGCUUUGACAAGUUCAAUGCCAAAUACAAUCCCAUUGGCGAGUCCAUCCUGAGAGAGAUCUUCAUCAAAACAGACAACCACAUUGAGGGGAAAUACUUUGGUCACAUUAUUAAGGAGGUGAUGGCUGACCUGGAGGAAAGCAAGUACCAGAAUGUGGAGCUCAGGCUGUCGAUCUACGGGCGCUCCAGAGAUGAGUGGGACAAACUGGCCAAGUGGGCUGUCAAACAUCGGGUCUACUCCAAUAAUGUGCGCUGGCUCGUGCAAGUGCCACGACUCUUUGACGUCUACCACACGAAGAAACAGCUGUGCAACUUCCAAGAGAUGCUGGAGAAUAUCUUCAUGCCUCUGUUCGAGGUUACAGUCAACCCCGGCAGCCAUCCGGAGCUGCACCUCUUCCUUCAGCACGUUGUGGGUUUUGACAGUGUGGAUGAUGAGUCAAAACCAGAGCAACAUAUCUUCAACCUGGACAGUCCGCUGCCAGUCAACUGGACAGAGGAGGACAACCCGCCCUAUUCCUACUACCUCUACUAUAUGUAUGCAAACAUGACUGUGCUGAAUCACCUGCGCAAGCAGCGGGGAUUUCACACGCUUGUCCUACGUCCUCAUUGUGGGGAGGCGGGGCCGAUCCAUCACCUGGUGUCUGGUUUCAUGCUGUCAGAGAACAUCUCCCACGGGCUGCUGCUCAGGAAGGCUCCUGUGCUGCAGUAUCUGUACUACCUGGCCCAGAUAGGUAUCGCCAUGUCCCCUCUCAGCAAUAACAGCCUGUUCCUCAGCUACCAUCGUAACCCUCUGCCAGAGUACCUGUCCAGAGGCCUCAUGGUCUCCCUGUCCACAGACGACCCUCUGCAGUUUCACUUCACCAAGGAGCCCUUGAUGGAAGAGUACAGCAUUGCUGCUCAGGUGUGGAAGCUGAGCUCCUGUGACAUGUGCGAGCUGGCCAGAAACAGUGUGCUGAUGAGCGGAUUCUCCCAUAAGGUGAAGAGGUCCUGGCUUGGCCCAAACUACAUCAAGGAGGGGCAGGAGAGUAAUGACAUCAGGCGCACCAACGUUCCUGACAUCCGAGUGGCGUACCGGUAUGAGACCAUGUGUGAGGAGUUGAAUUUAAUCACACAGGCCAUCCGCACAGAUGAGCUGGAGACCAUCGAGGAGGAGGGGAGUCUGUGUAUGGGAGCUGUGCAGGGGGAGAAGUGAACAUGCGGCACAACACAAAAGAAAUUCUCACUACAUUCCCUGUUUUCAUAUCAGGACUUUGUAUAGAUUUGCAUAUCAACAUAUCACACCUGUGAAAAGAGAGAAGCUUUGUUACAAGAAGAUUAUGAGAAUUGCUAAUGUGGCAAUAUGAGAAGAGGACCUACAAUCUGUGUACCCAAGGUGUUUACUUUCUUUAGUUUCGUUGAGUCAUUCUUUGUUUAAUUUGUCAUGGUGAUUUCAUGAUUUCUCUUGAUCUAUUUAUUUUUAAAUGAUUAUAUGUUCGUGGUUUGCAACUACAUUUUGUCCGUCUGUAUUUCCUGUACCAAGCAUUGAAUAAUAUUGACAUUCAAGAAUCAACCCGUUAAUAAAACGUAUAACUGGAUCCAACACUGGCCGAUUAAAGUAAGAAGACAAUCUGGAACAAUUUUCAGUGAAGUGAAGUGAAGAGCCUCUAACUACACACAGGGCUGUAGCUACCACUGAGGACACUGAGGUCAAGUACUUGGUAUCUUUUCUGGCAAUUUGGGGUUUCUAGUGACCUUGGGAGAGUUUACAUUCUACAGUUAAAAACAUACACAUGGUGGGUAUUUUUUAGGCUAAUUCCAGUAUUUAUAGACUCCACAUAUUUAAAUGUGUUGACUUUUAGUCCAACAAAAUGAACAAAUGUGCAGCAUGGAGAAGGCUUCGAAACAGCAUUUAGACCUUAAUUUUGGGUGAUAAAACAGAAACUUUAUCUUAUCGUUCUGUAAUUUCCAAAUAAUUUCCUAGCAAGUCUCCUGGAAAGAACUAUAUAACCUGGUCCUAAUUAUUGGGAAAAUAGAGACAAAGUUCUGAGAAAGUUAUUUUAGUUAGAGUUCAGUUAGUUGUUGUUGGUUUCCAGGAGCUGGUUGCACCAGCUGUUCUUAAGUUAGCUAACUUAUCAUAGCUAUAACGUAAGUGGAGAUUUACGUAGUACCAAAAUAAAGCAGGUUACACCACGCAAACUAGUUCAUACGUAGAGAUUAGUUGUUGCUAAAUAUGUACACAGACUAAUAGUCAGUUGUAGGUUAACUGCUAUCUAGCUAACUGAACAAACUGGCAAAGCUAACAUUAGCGUGCUAAUAACAUUGGUUAGGUCAGCAUAAUUGGAUAUUUUCCACUUAUUUAAAACUUCCUGAAUAUUACAAACUCUGACACACAUAUUUAUCCAUACAUGCAUUUAUAAAUUAAACCAAGUCAUCUCCUAAAACUGUUAUUUUUGGAAGUUAUAUUACAGCUUGUGAUGCAACAGUCACGUCCUGUUUACAUAGAUGAUGUUGUUUAUGAUUGGACAACGUUACAGAUGUUUCCUUGCAACCGAUUUACUCAUUACUUUACUAGUUGGCUGAGACCUUUCUUAAGAAUUAUUUUUGCAGCCAGACUUAAUAAAUCACAAGUUUUAAACUAUCUAGUAGUUACAAAGAAUUCAGGAACAACUUCACACACUAAGAAAUAGAUUAACAAAAAGCUGGCGCAACCCAAUCCAGAGGAAUUUCACUGAAAGAAUAUGAUAACUGAAUAAGUAUUUUUUUUGUUUCGAGGGAAGUGGUGGGUGAGGCGGACUACGACUGACCUCAGUAGCCUAUUUCUAAAAUCCUGGCUACGGCCCUGACUACUUACCAAAUCAUGAACUUUUACAGCAAAAUUAGUUUAAUGUGAUGCAAAAAUCUUUAAAGAAUAUUCAUAGUCAAAUUAAAAACACUACAUGAAUUUGUCUGUUUGGUUGACAUUUUGUACUGUAAUUUUCAGAUAUCCACAGGACAAAACCUCAUGCUGUAUAACCUUCAGUAUUCCUGCUACUGGUAAUGAUAUUAACAUUUCCCACAGCUGUUCAGUGUCAUAUUCUUGUUGUUUUUUUUUUUUUACAGUCUUUACAGUGAUUCAGUAGGGUUGCAUGAAGGCACUCAAUAUUUGUUUCUGGUGGCAGUUAUGCUACUCUGUUGUAGCAUCAUAUUAUACUAACUCUUAUUUUGUGACAUUGUUUCUACUGACAGUCAACUGUAACUCUGAUCUGAUACCAUCUGUCCUUUACACACAAAUAUUUAAAAUACAUACAUUUCUGAGUCGUACAGUAAUAAUGCAUGAUGUGUUCCUUCAGUUUUCACUUCUUGCACAAAGUUCAGCCAGUGCCAAAUUCAUGAAUAAACACAUUUUUAGAGAACUGAAUGUCAACUGACUUUUCAAACUCCUCUCUGUCAGUUUGGGUCCUGAUGUUAUCUGUGGGGUUACUCGUUGCUAUUCAAAAGUACUAGUGUCCCUCCCAGAUAAUUAUAUGUGCUGUUUGUGAAAUAUUAUUUCAUGACAUCAUUUGUGUCUAAGAAAAAUAAAUGUUGUUCACGUUGGA